CAGAGAGCUUCUUGGUGUAGAAUUGAGAAUUCAGGUGGGAGAACUCCUGCAGAAGACCAGUUCAGAUGUCUUCUGUGUUCCUCUGGCUGAUUACAAUCUUGGAUUUGAUUAGUUCCUCUUCAUUGGAUGUUUUGUUUUGGUCUUGCAGAUCGGAGGAGGGGUGUCGAGUCUUGCGUGCAAUCUUUGGUGGAUUUGGUCGAGCGCUGAGAGCAAAGGAAGUUGAUGAAUGAGGUUCGGGACGAGGGCAACUGAGGGCGGUGGCGACCGACGGAGAUUGGUGAGCUCCAAAGCCGUCAGGGUGGGCCUACGAACCGGGCAAUGAUGGAAGCCGACAGAGGCUGCGGCUGCAAGGGAAGCAUUCCGGCACCUCAUGCAGUGAACAGGACGACGGCGGACGAGGUGUGGAGGGACAUCCGACAACGGAGGAGGAAGGAGAGCAGAGAGCAGCAGCCUGCGCUGGGUGAGAUGAUCCUAGAAGACUUCCUGGUGAAUGCCGAGGUGGGAGCUGAAGACUCUUGUAUUGCCUUCAUGCCUCGCGAGCACUGGUUGCAGCAUCGCCAUUGUGAUCACCAUCAUCAACAGCUGCAAGCUUCAGCGUUGGCCAAUGACAACCCAGCGACGUCCGAUCCGCAGACGCCAGGGCGGAAGAGGGCCGCAGGAGGAGAAGUCUCGGAGAAGACCGCGGAAAGGAGGCACAAGAGGCUGAUCAAGAACCGGGAGUCAGCUGCACGGUCACGAGCAAGGAAGCAGGCUUACACGAAUGAGCUGGAGAACAAGAUCUCCCUCCUACAAGAAGAGAAUGAGAGGUUGAAGAAGCAGAAGGAAUUGGAAUCAGCAAUUCAUGAACCACAACCAGAAACAAAAUACCAGCUCCGCCGAACGAGAUCAGUUCCUUUCUGAUCUUUAUUUUGUGGUACAGAUGCUUGUAUUUUGUGUUGUUUGAGCUCUCAAUAAGUUUCAUGGCAAGUCUUGUGGUCUUGGCUUC